CGAAAUGUGAUGUCUCUCACGACUUCUGUCUUCGAAGCAGAGACCAGCUAAUCCAAGGCCUCCACUACCCAUACCCAUACCCAUACGUGGCAGAGCCUCUACAGUUCUUCGAAACUCCACAGUAAUCUCGAUCAGUACCGAAGCGGAAUAGUCUUCAAUGAUGGACUGUUGUGCGAUGGCGAAAGCUAUGCUUGAAUGAGCCUUGCCGGCGAACUGGUGGCUUGCGAAGGUUUGAGGCCACAAGACAAAGACGCCACUCCAUCGGCGGUACAAGAGUUCAUCGAGUAUCGAGCGAGGUGAUUUGCAUCCUGGCAAGCCAAAGGCCAGGAAAUGAGAUGAGAUCGGCCACCGGGCGUGGCGGCACGUCACCAAAGGUGGAUGGAGAGCCACCCGACGACUACGAUGCUCACUAAGGAGUUGGGACUUUGUUUGGGGCUACAAUAGGCUACAGUUGACAGAUUACAGAGGACCUGGGGCUGCUACUACUGCUAUUGCUGGGGCUCACUAGGCCUGAUCCUGCACCGGUAACGGGACCUGGAACUGGAACCAGCAAUGGCAACUGCGCCUGCGCCUAUAACGACGAUUACAGGCUACGAGUGGCCUGCAUCUCAAAUCACCACCAACAACAGACUAACCGCCAUCUUUGCAUCGGCAUCGUCGUCUCGCUUCUCAGUUACAAGCCAGACAGAACAACACAUCCUCCAAUUGAAUCUCCCAACUUCUUUUUUUCCAAAAAAAGGUCGUUUCUACGCUCGCUACCUUGCUGGGACUGUCCGCUGCUCGUUAUCGUCGACGUCUUCCUUUGCGCCAUUUCCGACGGCCUCUUUCUCCCCUGCGACCCCAUACCUAGGCGAGAUUUUGAAACAAAUCCGAGUUCCCUACACAUCCUGCACCAUUAUCCUUGGUUGUCUCUAGACUACACCUUCACGGCCUCAUUGCCUCAAUCUACACUGCCAGGCUCUCUGCAGCAGCAAUAAUGAAGAGACGUACACGUACACUGUGAUCGAGACAUUCUUUCGAGGCCCGAAGCCGCACGUCAUCGCUCACCACGUUGCUCUUCCAAGCCACUGCGUCCACGACUCCCAAGAUUGCAGGCAAGCAUGGCCGACCUAUCUCUUGGUCCGCUGAGGAUUGCGAACCCGGAUGAUGCUUCUCCUGAUACCGCAUUACAGCCACAAUCUACGUCGGCCACAGUACCAAAGGUCUCUCCUCUGAACGAUGUCACCGGACGGACCGAUUACCUCUCAGCUGUCCCUCGCAGAUCCGAUAGUCCUGUUUCUCCGCUGGAGACGUCUCCGGACGGUCCGUUGUCUCAAAUGACUACUGAGCUAUCAUCAUCAGUCUCGUCAUCUACUGCGCCCUCAACGUUUACCCCGAAUAGUCGCCCCGCGGACCGAACCGCACAGAGGUCGAAUCUUCCCUACACAUACCAAGAUCAACAGCAAGCACAGUUUCCUCAAUACCCAACCAUGAUACCCCGGAAUGGACAAGACCCCAGAACGAAUUCGAAUCGUCCCGGGUCAGUAUAUUACACACAAAUGCCUGUUAACGGUGCCGCCAGCAACGGGAUAUCGAGACAAGGGUCGUACAGAGUACGGAGUGACGGCGCCGGCAAUUCAGGCUUCCCUGUAAGGACCUCUUCAAAGCGAGCAGGCGUGGGAGAAGUGGCCGGUGUACCAUCAAGAGACGACUCACAUACGGAAAGGGCAUACGGGCAAGGACAAUAUACAUUGGGCAACGCCCCUCUUCCCCCCCGAAGGACUUCUCGAGGAAUGGGCUCAACACGCAUGGGCUCUACUCCGGUCGGCAGCACACCACUGUCUACCACUCCGAAAUCGAUACAGACACCUCUCUCCAGCUCACCUUACAAUCUCGAGGAUCGACCCUUGACCAGCGCAGCCGAAGACUGGCAAGAACGAGGAGCGGCUGUGGGCGUCAAAAAAGAGUACGAUGCCGAUGGUCGGGUAUCAAUCAAACCCGUUAAAAAGGGGGUGAAGGAUUUCAAUUUUGGACGAACACUGGGAGAAGGUUCUUACAGUACGGUGCUUGCUGCGACAGAUCGAUCGACGGGCAAGGACUACGCCAUUAAAGUGCUCGACAAACGCCAUAUCAUCAAAGAAAAGAAGGUGAAAUAUGUCAACAUUGAACGGGACACGCUGAAUCGGUUGACGGAUCAUCCUGGAGUGGUCCGAUUAUAUUACACCUUUCAGGAUGAGAGAUCCUUGUAUUUCGUUCUUGACUUGUGUCCCGGAGGUGAGUUGCUGGGGGUGCUUAAACGAAUGUCGACAUUUGACGAGGAAUGCACCCAAUUUUACGGAGCACAGAUUCUCGACACAAUUGAGUAUAUGCACAGCCGAGGCGUCAUCCACCGGGACUUGAAACCCGAAAAUCUCUUGCUCGAUGAGAACAAGCACAUCAAAGUGACCGAUUUUGGUACGGCCAAAUUGUUGCCAGAGAGGAAGGAUAUGGAAGGGCGAGUCGAUUUCGAACCCGACGCAACCUCAGAUGAGAACAGGGCUAACUCAUUCGUGGGAACUGCGGAAUAUGUGAGCCCUGAAUUAUUGACGGACAAGAAUGCAUGCAAAGCCAGCGACCUCUGGGCAUUUGGGUGUAUCAUAUAUCAGCUUUUGGCUGGUAGACCGCCAUUCAAGGCUAGUAACGACUAUCAGACAUUUCAGAAAAUUGUCAACCUUGACUACGACUUCCCUCGAGGCUUCCCAGAUCUUGCUCGGGACCUCGUAGAAAGAUUACUUGUGUUGGAUCCACAGAGGCGCCUUUCACUCGAACAUGCCAGAAACCACCCUUUCUUUAACGGAAUUCAGUGGGGUCGAGGCUUAUGGCAACAGAAAGCGCCGCGGUUGAAGGCCUAUGUCCCUCCUCCACAGGCACCUAUCAAGCUCAACGGUGGCGCGGAGCAAGAGAGCUAUCCCUCCAACAUUGCCCCAGCACAUAGUACACACCCUACCAUGCUCCCUCCAAACAAUCAGAAACCGCGCCCACGGGUGAUAACCGAGUUACCGCCACCGAGCCAACUCGACAUUGAGUGGUCACCGGUCCUCACCAGGAACAACGAGAGAAUCCUUAAGUUGGGUAAUCUUUGUGUUGUAUCGACACCAAAUCCUCACAGUCCUCAUGGAAGCGAAGGUGGAAACAAGUUAUCCAGGUUGUUCGGCAGUAGAGACACCAAGAAGCGACAAAGACUUGUUAUGGUGACAUCAAGUGCUCGGAUAAUCAUUGCCGCAGCUGGGGGCGAGGAGAAGAAAUCCAAGUCAGAGAUCUCUUUGUUGUCACCAGGCACAGAAUUCUCGAGUGCGACAGAUUCGAAGGGAAUUACUCAGUGGAUUGUCGAUACGAAAGACAGACACUUCGUUUUCGAGGAUCCGAAACCACCUUCGAACGACCAAAUGGCGACGGCCAUGUCAGCACAGGAGUGGCUCGAUGUCCUGGCGAGAGCUCGAGAAAUUGCAAUCUCUCUGCAAAACUCGAGCAGCACGUACGGAAACGACGAUACACUCAACUUAUCAUCUUCCGGAUUAUCUAGUCAUGCAAGCACGAUCGAUAGGACAUCAGACCUGAGUCCUCAUUCAGUAAACCAUGGGCACUCUGGUCGUAUGAUGCUGCACAAACAACACUCUGGAGGCGAUACCGAAUCACUCAAGGGCAGAAAGCGGUUUAGCAAACGGCAGUCCAAGAGCGGAUUGACUGCGGUCUUCUGAUGCGUCGUUAGCAUUUUCGUUUGUUUUCUUGGACCAUCAUUUAGCAUAGCGUUGUCAUUGUUGAUGUUGUUCAGUGGGCGUGGCGAUUUCGUGUGGACAUGAGCGGGAUAAGUGCAAUUGAAGUCUACUGAGCUCAGCCUCUUGAGGACGUAUUUCUUUGUAUGAGGGAGUAUUGAAGAGUAGCCUUCAUCAUAUAAACCUAGACAGGAUAUCUUGGCCUGGGAAUUCAUUGAGGUCACCGAGCAGUAGCGGAUUCAACCAUCAAGACUGCUUUGUUUUCGAUGAGGAUUGACUGGGCUCUGUGUAAACUUCUUCUUCAUCCAUUAACUUGCUGGCUUACCGAGUUUUCCUUUAGUGC